CGUUGUGAUGAUUUAAGCAUUAGAAUGUAACGUAUUGAUGGUCGGCAUUUCUGCUUACGGACGUUAAUUUCCAGUGCUUUGUGCAUACACGCUACCAUAAGAAAGAGUGCUAGAAAAAAUAUGGCUCCAGACGAACGGACGGAAGGAAGGAAGGACGAACGGACGGACAACGUCAAAACUAUAUCCCUCCGGCUUUCGUCGAGGGAUAAUAACAAUUAGGAGGAGGAGAAGAUAAUCAUUAUAAAAAAAUUCAUAAUGGCCACAAGGAAGUUUGAUCCAUAUAAUGAUCCUGACCCGGAUGAAAUGGAGUGGGUAAUUUAUGAGAAAGGAAUCACUAAAACACCGUUUGAGACGUGGUUAUGGAAGAACUUACCUUCGCGCGUGAGAAAAGACGAAGGCUAUGGCUGGGUGUGUGUAAGCAACGGGUCGGAAAAACGGACCGCCUAUGAAGAAGAAGAGGACUUUGAUGGAUUGUUUGACAGUUGGGAGGAACAUCUUGAAGCGGAAAGGCCUGUAAACUACGAAAUAAUCAAGGAUCUUGCCUUAAAACAUAGAAUAUUGUGUGGAAAAUGGAUACUGUUUACAGAUCAAGGUGGCAAAGUAGAUCAUCUGUGGUCCGUUAUAGCAUCAUCUGUUGUAGCAGACGACAUUCCUUGUUUUUCAGCGAAAGUGAGCACAUUCGAGGACGACGUGAAUCACGUGAUCUGUAUUUAUAACUCUGAUUUCACGGACAAGAACGAGGUUUUAGAAUCUGAGGAAGCGAUACGGAAUAUGGGUUUAAAAGGCAGGCUUCAGUACAAACCGGACAUUUAUACACAUCUUUUUAUCUACGCGAAAAAUGAAUGGAAGCUUAAACCGUUUACUAUGACAAGCCAGUACAAUCUGCUCACUAAAUCCUCAAUAAUUAAAAGCUACGUGUAAAUUGUUUAAAUACCAAUUUCCGUUGAAAGGGGUCAGACUUAUACUGAAGUACUAGGCAGUGUUAUGAAAAAAGAAAAGAAAUGUAAAGCGUAGUUCAGACGCUAGUUUAUGUACAGUUUACUAAAUUGUAUAUAAAUUGUGAUGCUUAUGAGAUAUGUUAAGUAUGAACAAUAAGUAAACCGUAUCCCUGUCGACGUAACAAACAUGUUUAUUUGUAUAAACCUAAGGAGUCUUAAAUUCUACCAGUAAGAUUCCAGACGUCUAUCUUAAAAAAAGCUAUUUUUUAUAUAGAUGGUACUUUUUGAUAAGAUAGACGUCUGAUAUUUCAGACUUCUGUACUAUUUAUAAACAGCACUGUUUUAGAAUAAAGUACUGCACACUAUUACAUGUAUUGGUGAUGUAAUGCAUAAAAACCUGGAAGCUUUUUUUAGACAAAAUUCAUUGCUAGAGCAGUUGUUCAUGUGCAUUGAGUUUAUACACUAUGUUUCAAUCAAUAUCAAAGAGAAAAAGUAUUAAAGUGAAAUAUGAUUAUAGUACAUCUUCAAAUAAUAUUGAAUAAUGA